AUGUUCUUGAUGGUGCUGGUCGUCUCGGAGGUCCUGCGGGUCUUACUGGACGUGCCGUUAUUCGACCAUGUCGUGGUGAUCUUCUUGGUUCUGCGGAUCGUCUUUGUGGCUCUUAUUUUCUUGGUGAUGUGGUCCACGCUGUUCGUGCCGUUCCUCGUGCGAUCGUAUUUUGUGCCGUUAUUGCUGACGAAGUCCGUGCCGUUCAACAGCUGGCAGAAGAACAUCUGCUGGCCCGCGUGUCCCUGGACGUGGCUCUCACGAUGGGCGCCCUUGCGCCACCGACUUGUUUUUCGGGGGCCUGUCGCGCCGAGCUAUUUGAUGAAGCGGACCGCGCCGAUCCCUCAGAUCAAGCUAUCCGCGCGGAUCUUCCUGAUGGGCCUCGUAGGGCGGCGGUGA